GCUGCUGGAGUGCGGCGCCGCCGCGGGACCUGGAGAGCCAGCUGGCGGGCGGGCUGGAGAGGGGGUGGCGGGGAGGGCGCGGCGGCUGCGGGUCGCAGGACAGUGGUCUGCAGUGCUUCAGCCUCCCGAGGGCCAGCCUCGCCGAGCCCGGAACUGGGUCUGAACCCCGCGCACAGCAAAGACGAGGCGGCUGUGGCGGCAGCGGCGCCCCCAGCCAUGCUGUGCUAUGUGACGAGGCCGGACGCGGUGCUGAUGGAGGUGGAGGUGGAGGCGAAAGCCAACGGCGAGGACUGCCUCAACCAGGUGUGCAGGCGAUUGGGAAUUAUAGAAGUUGAUUAUUUUGGACUGCAGUUUACGGGUAGCAAAGGUGAAAGUUUAUGGCUAAAUCUGAGAAAUCGGAUCUCCCAGCAGAUGGAUGGGCUAGCCCCUUACCGGCUUAAACUGAGAGUCAAGUUCUUCGUGGAGCCUCAUCUCAUCUUACAGGAGCAGACUAGGCAUAUCUUUUUCUUGCAUAUCAAGGAGGCCCUCCUGGCAGGCCACCUCCAGUGUUCACCAGAGCAAGCAGUGGAACUCAGUGCCCUCCUGGCCCAGACCAAGUUUGGCGACUAUAACCAGAACACGGCCAAGUACAGCUAUGAAGAGCUGUGUGCCAAGGAGCUCUCCAGUGCCACCUUGAACAGCAUUGUGGCAAAGCAUAAGGAGUUGGAGGGGACCAGCCAGGCUUCGGCAGAAUACCAAGUUUUGCAGAUUGUGUCCACAAUGGAAAACUACGGCACAGAAUGGCAUUCUGUGAGGGACAGUGAAGGGCAGAAACUCCUCAUUGGGGUUGGACCUGAAGGAAUCUCAAUUUGUAAAGAUGACUUCAGCCCAAUUAAUAGGAUCGCUUACCCUGUCGUGCAGAUGGCUACCCAGUCAGGGAAGAACGUGUACCUCACCAUCACCAAGGAGUCUGGGAACAGCAUCGUGCUCUUGUUCAAGAUGAUCAGCACCCGGGCAGCCAGCGGGCUCUACCGAGCCAUCACCGAGACGCAUGCUUUUUACAGGUGCGACACGGUGACCAGUGCCGUCAUGAUGCAGUACAGCCGAGACCUGAAGGGCCAUUUGGCUUCUCUGUUUCUGAACGAAAACAUCAACCUGGGCAAGAAGUAUGUCUUCGAUAUUAAAAGAACCUCCAAGGAGGCGUAUGACCACGCCAGGAGGGCUCUGUACAACGCGGGUGUGCUGGAUCUUGUGCCAAGAAGCGACCCCAGCCCUCCAAACUCUCCCCUGAAGUCCUCGGAGAGCAGCAUGAGCUGUGGCAGCUGUGAGGGCCUCGGCUGCCAGCAGACCCGGGCCCUCCAGGAGAAGCUGCGCAAGCUCAAGGAGGCCAUGCUGUGCGUGCUGUGCUGCGAGGGUGAGAUCAACUCAGCCUUCUGCCCCUGCGGCCACACUGUGUGCUGCGAGGGCUGCGCCGCCCAGCUCCAGUCCUGUCCUGUCUGCAGGUCACGGGUGGACCACGUCCAGCACGUCUACCUGCCGACCCACACCAGUCUUCUCAACCUGACUGUGAUCUGAUCUGCUGUGCACUUACCGGACAUGCCAUGUCUCCAUGAACUGCACUGGUAUAAACUAUAAACAUGAUAGAUUGUGGAGAGAAUAAAUACUCCAACGCCCAUCUGCCAUGCAACGUU